GUCUAGGUGUGAAGUGGGGAGACCGUUUUCUAGAAUAGAUUUCUCGCCGAUUGCACCGAAUUAGCAUUAGCGUAGAUUGAGCUACCCUAUCGGGUCGGAAGACAGCAUAUCAUCUGUGGUACCGUGCAGUAGAUCCAAAAUUAAUUCCACUUCCGUCCCGAAACCCCGUUAAUGAAUUAACAUUUAAACCCUCCCAGGCCGAGCCAUCCUCCCAUUCUCUUUAAUCUUUUUUUUGUAUUCUAAUUGUUUUCCUGCUCUUGCUUAGCCUUUUAAAUAGGCCGAUUAUGUGGCACUUGCGGAUCGCGGAUGGAGUCUCGUUCUUAAGAUACCUCUCCAGAUGUCCUACAGCGAAGAGUGCCGCAAACCUGAUUUUUGUCUUAUACACCCUCUUUCCCUCCUUUCUCUUGCCUCUUGCUUUCUUGAGAAGCACGAGUGAUGCUGCUGCUGCUUUGCGGCGGCGGCUUCGGCGCCAUAGGUGAACGGUAAUAAGUGCGAAAAGAAAGAAAGCAGAAUGAAUAUCCCGCGGCGUUUCUCUCUUUUUCUCGUUUGCGCGAACUCGUUGAGAAGUCGCGGAGUCGCGAAGAGUUGUUACCGGGAUUUUAUUUCCGUUUUGUUUGUUUUAUUGCUUAUAGUGUCUCUCUUUCUCCCCAUCUCCAAUUUCAUCUUCAUCUCUUCCUGGAACAGCACUCCUAUCUGUGUAUAUCUGGACAAUCCCGAACGAUGUCCCAAUUCACGUCUGAAUGGCUCGUGAAACUGGGGUUUCUGGCGAUGAUUGUAGCUACGAUCGACGGUGCACCAUCCACCAUCACAGCGCACCAUGCUCGCAAUCCGGAUGUGAGGCCAGCUAGGAAACGGAACGUUGACGAUGUGAUCGCCGCCUCGGGCGGUUCCAACGAUAAGCCAUCACUGACCACGUACGAUCAGCGACAGAAUGGCAAAUACAACAUUCACGUCAACAUUAAGGACGUGAAGAUAAUUGCCGUAGAUGGUGAAAACCUGGAGGGCAAUCUUGGGGAUGAUACUGACUACGACUAUGGAGAUUAUGACUACGAUCCAGCGCAUCUAACCGUCAGCCCGUUGCCGAUCUUUGGAUCCGGUUCCGUUUCCAUUACUAAACCUCCAAAAUCGACCACGAAGGCACCGCCCAUCACUAGCACGACCACGGCCGCAACGACGACCAUGACCACGACCACGAGGAAACCCAUGCAAGCGGUGGCCAUGAUGGGUAGCGAGUCCGUUACCCAACCGCCAAAGGAACCGGUCAAAACGCCGCUCAAACCAACUGAAAGCUCCACAAGCGCUCCAGAACCAAUUACAACUGAAGCGCUGGUAGUUAAUGCCGGCACGACGGAGCUUCCGCCGAGCAACAUUAUCGUAAUCAAGCCAACUCCUGCUCCGGUCCAGUAUGACUACCAGGAGAUUCCGGUGCAGGUGAUCAUGGAUCCUAUUCUGCGACCGGGAGCCAAGUAUCGCAGCAACCAGCACGUGCCGGAUCCGGUGGCAUCUCGCCGUCAUUACGAGGUACAACCUUCGAUUAGACGAUCGAUCAACUGCCACGAGGGAGAAUAUCGUGAUCGGGACGGAAACUGUCGGGCACGUCGAUCAGGCAUCCUGAAACUGUUCCGUCUUCUAUCAUCCUUGAAGGAAAAAAAUGACUGAAUCUGUGUUGCUGAUCUGGCGCAUUCUCGUGCUAACCCCUAGCCCUGCGUGCCUUGAUAACUGGAAAUUCUCGUCUACGCACCGCCCCCCUAGCGUGUUGCGUGCGGAGAAGGGUUUUUUAAUUUAUCGAUCGGUGUACGGAACGCGGCGAACGUAACUCAUGCUUAUUUAUAUAAUAUCUCCCAAAUA